AUGGCUUUAAAUCCACAAUACGAUGCCAUAGGAAAAAGUUUUGUACAACAAUAUUAUAUGCUAUUUGAUGAUCCUAUCCAAAGACCUAGUUUGGUGAAUAUGUAUAAUGUAGAACAUUCAUUUAUGACUUUUGAAGGAAAACAAUUACAAGGCUCUGCUAAAAUAAUGGAAAAAUUUGAGUCUCUCAGAUUUCAAAAUAUAUCUAGACAAAUUACUGUAGUAGAUUCUCAACCUAUGUUUGAUGGUGGAGUUUUAAUAAAUGUUUUUGGAAGAUUGCAAGUUGAUACUGACCCACCCCAUGAUUAUAAUCAAGUAUUUGUUCUAAAACCAUUAAAUGGCUCCUUUUUUGUCCAACACGAUAUUUUUAGGCUGAAUAUUCACAAUACUGCUUGA